UUUGAGCGAGUCAGCAUGUUGGUGAUUUUGCUCAACUGCGUCACGCUCGGCAUGUUCCAGCCGUGUCAGGACCUGGAGUGUCACUCGGAGCGCUGCAGCAUCUUGCAGGCAUUUGACGACUUCAUCUUCGCGUUCUUCGCGGUGGAGAUGGUGCUGAAGAUGGUGGCUCUGGGCGUGUUCGGGCCGAGGUGUUACCUUGGAGACACGUGGAACCGCUUAGAUCUCUUCAUCGUCAUGGCAGGAAUGCUGGAGUACUCUCUAGAUGGACACAACGUUAGUUUCUCUGCAAUCAGAACAGUCCGAGUUCUGAGACCUCUCCGAGCCAUCAACAGAGUUCCCAGUAUGCGCAUCUUGGUGACGCUCCUGUUGGACACGUUACCGAUGCUGGGAAACGUUUUGCUGCUAUGCUUCUUCGUGUUUUUUAUCUUCGGAAUCGUUGGCGUGCAGUUGUGGGCGGGAUUACUGCGAAACCGCUGCUUCCUGAAUGACGAUGCAAGAGCGACGUAUAACAUCUCUCCGCCUUUGAGCGCUUACUACAGACCCGAAGACUCCGACGACAUCGCCUUCAUCUGCUCGACCAAUCGCGAGAACGGAAUGCUGCGCUGCUCCGACGUCCCACAACGCAAAGUGGGCGGGGCUUACUGCGAGCUGAACGCUCACAACGUCACGGACGCCGCUGCUCCAGAGCCCGACCACAGGGGGUGCGUCAACUGGAACAUCUACUACAAUAUCUGCCGGGCGAGCGAGCACAAUCCGCACAACGGAGCCAUCAACUUCGAUAACAUCGGAUACGCCUGGAUCGCCAUCUUUCAGGUGAUCACGCUAGAGGGCUGGGUGGACAUCAUGUACUACGUCAUGGACGCGCACUCCUUUUACAACUUCAUCUAUUUCAUCUUCCUCAUCAUCGUGGGCUCCUUCUUCAUGAUCAACCUGUGCCUGGUGGUCAUCGCCACGCAGUUUUCGGAAACCAAGCAGCGUGAGAACCAGCUGAUGCGCGAGCAGCGAGCCCGCUUCCGGAGCAACGAGUCCACGCUGGCCAGCUUGGCCGAACCCGGCUCCUGCUACGAGGAAAUUCUGAACUACCUAGGGCAUCUCUUGCGCAAGUUUUACCGCCACGUUCUUCGCUUAUAUAACGGCAUGCGGCGCAAGAACAAGAGCGCUAACCCGGGCGAGUCCGCCGCCGUGGGCGGGGCCAACGGACACUGGCGCAAUAAGGAGAAGGUAGAGCUGACCCGACACCUCUUUCAUCAUCAUCAUCAUCAACAUCGGUGCAUGGGAAACGGCACGGACGUCCCGGAAGUGAAGGCGGUGCUUCUGAGCGGAGAUAAAUGCCUUCCCAAAUACGCCUCGUCAUUCCCUCUGACCGUGCACAGCCUCAAGGGGAUCGGCGUCAACUACCCCACCAUCCUGCCCCUGGCCUUCUUCACACACUCACGGGUUCACCCCGGCUGCACUAGUGCCCUCAAGACCAAGAACGCCAACAGCAAAACGCAGCAUGGUGUGUACCCGGGAGUGUGUACAGAAGCCGGAAGACGACCGGCACCGUGCGAGCUUCCCGCAUGCGCGGUUUCUGCCCGCGAGGCCGACACGCCCAGCUCCGUCUCCGUCUGUGACUCGGACUCGGAGAAAGACGGCGACGCGGAGGCGAAAAAAUCGGAGGAGUCGCAGAGGAAUUCCGGCGAGAAGCCGGAGAGGGAAAACUUCCUCAGGGUGUGUGUGCGGUGCGCGAGAGCUGUCCUGAGGAGGAUCGUCGACAGCAAGUACUUCAACAGAGGCAUCAUGAUCGCAAUCCUCAUCAAUACUCUCAGCAUGGGAGUGGAGUACCAUGAACAGCCUGCUGAGUUGACAGAUGUGCUGGAGAUCAGUAAUAUCGUCUUCACCAGCCUGUUUGCCCUGGAGAUGGUGCUGAAGCUGCUGGCCUGCGGUCCGCUCGGAUACAUCAGCAACCCCUACAACAUCUUCGACUUGAUCAUCGUCAUCAUCAGUGUGUGGGAGCUCAUCGGACAGGCGGAUGGAGGUUUAUCCGUCCUGCGCACGUUCCGUCUGCUCAGGGUCCUAAAGCUGGUCCGCUUUCUGCCAGCUCUGCGCAGGCAACUCGUGGUCCUGAUGAAGACCAUGGACAACGUGGCUACCUUCUGCAUGCUGCUCAUGCUCUUCAUCUUCAUCUUCAGUAUACUGGGCAUGCAUCUGUUUGGGUGUAAGUUCACGCUGCGUCUGGAGAACGGGGACACUAUCUCGGACAGGAAGAACUUCGACUCGCUGCUUUGGGCCAUCGUCACCGUGUUCCAGAUAUUAACGCAGGAGGACUGGAACGUGGUGUUGUAUAACGGAAUGGCCUCCACCUCUCCAUGGGCGGCACUGUACUUCGUUGCUCUCAUGACCUUCGGCAAUUACGUCCUCUUCAACCUGCUGGUGGCCAUUUUGGUGGAAGGCUUCCAGGCUGAGGGUGAUGCUAGCAGGUCAGAAAGCGACGAUGAUGCCUUCUCAUGUGACUUUGAUGACGAGGACAAGUUGAGAGAGCUGUCAGGUUUGGAGGUGAAAGUGCAGACGCUCCUGCCCAUUUCUAAUGGCCACUUGGAGCCCAGAGCCACCAUGCCGCCGUACCACGCCUACACUACGGCCACGCCCAGAACAGAAGUCUCUCACGUCGACAACCAAUCACUGCGCAGCAGCAACGCGUCCUACGAGCACCAUGACCAGAAGUCGAUGUCCAGUCUAUGGGGGAGUCGGCGCUCCAGCUGGAACAGCCUCGGACACGCCCCUAGCUUGAAGAGGCGUGACCAAUCAGGAGAGCAUGAGUCGCUACUAUCGGGCGAAUACCGGGACAGUUUCGAAGACGACCUAUCGGAGUCCAGCAGGACCGGCAGCCUGAGCAGAGUUUCGCAUCUCGAGUCGUUCGAUUUGCCAGAACUCCUCCAAGUCCCACCCGCGCAACACUUCUACGGAGAAUGCAACGGUAGACUGGACGGGUCGUUCCCUUCCUCUCCGUACGCGACGCGACGAGAAACGCCGCGCGCGCCCCCUGCCGAGCAGGACGAGGACUCGGAAGAGAGCUGGUGCGUUAUUCUGAAAAGGAUGCUGGAGCCGUACAAGCCUCAGUGGUGCAGAGAUCACGAGGACUGGUCACUGUACGUGUUCUCACCUCAAAAUAAGUUCCGUGUGCGCUGUCAGAAGGUCAUCACUCACAAGAUGUUCGAUCACAUCGUGCUGGUCUUCAUAUUCCUCAACUGCAUCACCAUUGCGCUGGAGAGACCCGACAUCCAGCCGCACAGCAUGGAGCGCAUCUUUCUCAGUGUGUCUAACUACAUCUUUACGGUGAUCUUUGUAGCUGAGAUGACUGUCAAGGUGGUGGCCAUGGGGCUGUACGCCGGUCCAGGCUCGUAUCUGCAAAGCAGCUGGAAUGUUCUAGAUGGGCUGCUGGUGUUCGUGUCUGUCGUGGAUAUCCUGGUGUCCCUGGCGUCCUCCGGAGGAAACCGCAUUUUGGGAAUCUUGCGAGUGGUGCGUCUUCUCAGGACGCUCAGACCACUCAGGGUAAUAAGUAGGGCUCCUGGGUUAAAGCUGGUUGUUGAAACACUAAUAACUUCACUGCGGCCGAUUGGGAAUAUUGUGCUGAUCUGCUGUGCUUUCUUCAUCGUGUUUGGAAUACUGGGAGUCCAGCUCUUCAAGGGAAAGUUUCAUCACUGUGAAGGCUUCGACACCAGGAACGUCACCAACAAGUCCGAGUGUCUGCAGGCAAAUUACCGCUGGGUUCGCAGGAAAUACAACUUCGACAACUUGGGCCAGGCCUUGAUGUCAUUGUUUGUCCUGUCAUCCAAAGACGGCUGGGUCAACAUCAUGUAUGAUGGAUUAGAUGCAGUGGCGGUGGACCAACAGCCCAUAAGGAACCAUAACCCCUGGAUGCUGCUAUACUUCAUUUCCUUCCUGCUGAUCGUCAGCUUCUUCGUGCUGAACAUGUUUGUGGGCGUCGUGGUGGAAAACUUCCACAAAUGCCGUCAGGACCAGGAGGAGGAGGAGGCACGCCUCAGGGAAGAGAAGAGGCAGAGACGGCUGGAGAAGAGGCGCAGAAAGGCCCUCCAGAGACCGUAUUAUGCAGACUAUUCUCCCGCCCGCCUCUACAUCCACACCCUCUGCACCAACCACUAUCUAGACCUCUUCAUCACCAUCAUCAUCGGCAUCAACGUCCUCACCAUGUCUAUGGAGCACUACAACCAGCCCAAGUAUCUGGAAGAAUCCCUGAAGUACUGUAACUACGUCUUCACGCUGGUGUUCGUGAUCGAGUCGGUGCUCAAGCUGGUCGCCUUCGGCUUCAGGAGGUUCUUCAGAGACAGGUGGAAUCAGCUCGACCUGGCCAUCGUCCUGCUGUCCGUUAUGGGAAUUACGCUGGAGGAGAUCGACCUGAACGCCUCGUUACCCAUCAACCCGACGAUCAUUCGCAUUAUGAGAGUGUUGCGCAUCGCCAGAGUGCUGAAGCUGCUUAAGAUGGCCACGGGAAUGAGGUCGCUGCUGGACACGGUGGUCCAGGCUUUACCGCAGGUUGGAAAUCUGGGGCUUCUUUUCAUGCUGCUGUUCUUCAUCUACGCCGCUCUGGGAGUGGAGCUGUUUGGAAAACUCGAAUGCUCCGAGGAGAACCCGUGUGAAGGUCUGAGCCGUCACGCUACGUUCGAGAACUUCGGCAUGGCGUUCCUCACCCUGUUCCGGGUCUCUACCGGCGACAACUGGAACGGAAUCAUGAAGGACACACUGAGGGAGUGUAAGAGCGGAGAUCGCUGCUUGAGUUACCUGCCGCUGGUUUCCCCGCUGUAUUUCGUGACGUUCGUCCUGGUGGCGCAGUUCGUCCUGGUGAACGUGGUGGUCGCCGUGCUCAUGAAGCACUUAGAGGACAGCAACAAGAACGCCUGCGAGGAGGCCGAGAUGGAGGCGGAGCUGGAGGCGGAGCUACAGAGAAACCGCUGGCAAAAUGCCGCCUCCUCCGCUGGUGACGUCACUGGGUCUCCUGCUCUUAAACAGGGCGAUGACCUUCAGGACCGGAACCUGCUCUCAGUCGGGAAGCCAUGCAUAUCGAGAAUGCUGUCUUUACCCAACGACAGCUACAUGUUUUACCCCAAAGCUGGACCCAAACCCAGAGAUCCGCUCUUCUCCAAACAGCACACCAUCGAUCACAUGACAGGCUCACGUCUGUCAGUGAAGUCGGAGUUUUGCGAAUGGGAAUCCCUGCUGCAGGUUCCCGAGCUGCCGUCUGACCCCGCCUCUCAUUCAGAGCCCCUCCCACCACAUCAUGUGACCACACAAAAGUCCCUCAGGAUGCUCCAAAGACAGGAGGCGAUAAAGAGUGACUCUGUGGAUUCCUCCAGCCCUGGAUCGAUGGACGACUUAUUUCUGCGCCACUCCGAUUCUCUCAAAGUUCCCAGCAUUCCUCUGACCGGAGGCUCCGCCCCUUGUUCGCCUCGAGCCACGCCCCCUACGUGCCGCAGUCGGACAGCCAGCGUCCAAACAAGCAGACGCGUGUACAGCCAGCGCAGCAUCCCGUCACGCAGAUCUACAAACACGCUUCCUGACACGUGCACACACACACACACGUCAAACACACACACCUCGGACGAAGAAAUCAGACAGAUCCUAUCGACCGUCGACGGAAAAGACUCCGGUGUCGGGCUCCUCAGACGCAGCCACACCUUAUCUCCACACGUCGCAGGCACUUUAUGUCUGAAGAGCCAAUCACAGCGAAGUAACAGUACAGGAAGUGACCUUAGGAAGUACAACAGCAUGGACUCGACCCACGGGGCGUGGUCAAACCAGCCGCAAAAGAAAAGCACGCCCUUUAAAACGCAAGAAACAGAAGCGUCUGUGUUGCGCAGGAAGCACAAAACGAGUCCGCCUUGCGUUCCGACUUCCACAGACCCGCCCGUUUUCUCGGAAACGGUUCUGAAAAAAAGGCGGGCGCCGUCAUUUGACUCUACGUUGCUCCGGGAGUCUUUGGAUGUUCCUGAUUCUCUGCUACUUGCUAAGCCCCUCCCCCAACGUCAUUUAUCAAUCCAUCUCUCUGUCCCAUUCGAGCAGUCGAAUAAUCGCGUUUCAGACGACGGCCAAUCGUCACACUGUGUCCCGCUCGACGCCUAACCCGAGGGUUACGGACCCGUUAUGGGCGUGGCUUGAUUGUUAUGGGCUGGUCAGGACGAUCCGUUCAUCUAAUGAGGAUUCAGACCAAAACAUUUGAUCCUAACGUGCACCUUUAAGCUAGGAAUUCUAAAAAAAAAAAAAACAUUUGGAAAACCACGAUAACAGUAGGGUGAAAAUGAGUUAUGCAAUUGUUUGUUUGUUUAUUUAUUUGUUUGUUUGUUUUUCCCCUAAUCAUAUUGAUUAGAGAUUUGAGAUCAUAAAAAAACUGACAUUGUGCAGCUGGAUAUCUGUUCUGAACUAUAACGAAGCUCACAGUCGCUCCCUACCCUACGUUCACACGAGCCCGUGACAAGUGGGCGUGGCCUUUAGUUCCGAUGAGAAAUGGUAGUAGCUAUAUAUAUAUAUAUAUAUAUAUAUAUAUAUAUAUAUAUAUAUAUAUUUCUAAAGCUAGCUAGUUAAAAUCAUUUGUUCGAUUCACGUCUCGCGUGCUCGGCUUCGUACUAGCUUCGUUCUCGGAUUAGAUUAGUAAAGCACGCAAAUCGUACUAGCUACAUACAUUCACCACGCACCAACAAUCUCUGCUACUUCCUUCCAGGGUUUCUUUUUCUUCGUAAUGUCUCUAUACGCAAUUAAUAAGCGGUCGCGUACGACGGGAUAAGACGAAACUACGGUUCUACGGCGGGUUUUUCGUUGAACAACUCAGGUUGUGGCUGAAUUUGCAGCUCCGCGUUUUUGUCGCCCUCUAUUGUGAACGUAGGGUUACGGUCACUCGGUCUGAGCUGCGAUAGAAUCCUGUGUGUUAGAGCAGUGUAAACGGUCGUUGUGGAACCCGGACCUAAGAAGAACACAGAUGGAGGUACUAGAUCCAUGACGAGAAAGUCAGAUGAAAUCUCCAACACACUGCAUGGCAGAAUCAUCAGAACUGUUCGGAGGAGUGAGUACUUACUCUAGACUCUACAGAGUGAAUAUAUUUAUCGAAUGCAGCACCUAUAAUAUUUUUAUUGGAAAAAAAAAAAAAGCCCAAGAGUUUUGCACGCACUCAAACGUUGUUUUGUUUUGUUUUUUUGUCAAGGAAAACACGCUAACUUUACUUUUUCCCCUCGUGCCAUCCAUAAAUUAUUAUUAUUAUUAUUAUUAUUAUUAUUAUUAUUAUUGCUUUCCAUAGAUGAGUUAAUAGAGUGAUGUGAAAGUGGCCUCAGAAGUGUACAGUGACCUGUAAGCACGAAACACGUCAACAACAACACAACAAACUCAAAACCCCACCGACAGUAAACACACCACCGCACGCUUGUCGUUGUUUUGAUUUCCUCGCCAUGUUUUUUUUUAUAUCUGUUUUGUUGCGCUUACGUAUUUACACUUGUGGUUUUUUUUUUUAAUGCUUGGUUUGUUUGGUUUCGUCGUCAUAGUUUUGUUUUGUUUCUCGUCUUUGACGUUUUUUUUAUUUUAUCUUGCCGUCGGAUUUAUAGUUUUGUCGUCUUCUAGUUUUGUUGCGCGUCGUAAGUUUUCAGUUCUGUUGUUGCGUUUUUACGUAUAGUUCGGUUGCGACUUUUUUGUAGUUCUGUUAUUAAAAAAAAUGUAGGUCCGUUGUGACAUUUUUAGCUUUGUCGCUAUUCGUUGAUCUUUGUUACGUUUUGUUCUUGCGUUUUCCGUUUCGUUGCGUUUUCUGAUUCGCUGUUGCGUUUUUACCCGGUUUUGUUUUUGUUGCCGUUUUGGUUUGUUCACAUGUUUUGUACGUGCAGGCUGCUAUCGAUACGCCAUAAAGAUUCACAACCCGAAGCCGUACCUGUAGCUGUUCUCACAUUCUCACACUGCUAAUGAUUUACAGUCAUGCUGUUUUUGUAUUUAAUAAAUAUCUGUUGUUACUUGUGCCGCGGCAAACCAACUUCCUCCGUGUGCACUUCGGUGAAACAUCCCUACAGAUAACACUGCAAAAUAGUGCUCCGUCGUUUAGAACCAUUCUUCGGAAUCUACAGGAAGACAACUCCACGGAAUCUCAAGGGCUUGUAAAUCAGUAUAUGAGCAGCGGGUAUAUGUGAACAGUCAUGCACCUUUCGCACAUGUUCUUUUCUUUCUGUGUUUUGAUAUUGAAAUUGUGAUCGAUUUCCGUGUGCACCUUUGUUGAAAUAUGCCAAAAAUCUUACAGGUUUGAGAGAAAGAGCGACGUUUGUCCUGUGAAAGCAGGAGCGGAGGAAAUCCAGUGUUUUACAGACAAUAAAUUUUAACCGAAGAGCACGACGCAUCCACGUAAAUUUCUGAAAAAAGGACGACUUCACGAUGCUCGAAAGGAAAAUCACGCCGAUACGCAUGUCCGGCUUUUUUUCUUUCUUUCUUUUCGCCAAGACAGGUCUGUUUAAACUAGCUCAACUGGCGUUUAUGCUCAUUCGAGAAAUUCUAGAAUGGAACAUUUGUUCUUGAAAGUGUGAUUUUUCUAAUCUCGUUAGAAUUCCUACACAUUUUCACAUCGUAUUCAAAGGGGUUUUUUUUUCUUUCGGAGUUAAAGAUAGAAAUUCUUUGCACCUGAACGGUCUGCAUUGAGCAGCAUACA